GUACCCACAGUACCCCUUCGCUCCUCUGGUUUCUCCUCUCGCUCUGCUGUGGACACCACUUCCAAGGUGAGGAGUAAGGCAACCACCAUGGUCCAGAGCAACUUCCAGACCUCCCAGUCACACAGCCGGAGCCAACGCUCUAAGUCUCUGUGCCAGGCAGACCAGGAGGCAUUUCCUCUCACUGUGUUGCCUCAUCCAGAGAAGGCCUCCUUCACAAUCAAUGUGCCUCCCCCCGGCACCCUAAGGCGCAGCCUCAGCGGGACCCUGGCCCAAGAAAGAGGCUACUGGCAGGAGGAGGAGCUGCCGCAUCAGUACACCUACAAAGGCCCAUCCCACCGCACCAUCAGUCGCAUUACCAACCGACAGCAGCACUACCAGCAGCUGGGCUCUGCCGUGGGCCAGGAGGGCUGGGUGGGGACCGGCAGGGGUGUGCCCAUGGCAGGGGAUGCCUGGGGGACACAGUGGCAGCAGCAUGUGUCCAGGGCCAGCCACGUCAUGGGGACGGGGCAGUACCAGGCCCCAGUCCACCGGGCCGCCUCGCUCCGCAGUGUGAGGAGUGUCGGGAAGGGCAUGGAUAUCUUGGACGGAGCAUCGAUACACAGCAACGACCCACUGGCAGAGGUGCAGGGUCUGGACAUGGCUACAGCUGUCAGAUAUCUAUCUGAGUCAGAUACUGCCUUGCAGGUUCUGGGAGCUGCUUACAUACAACACCAGUGUUACCAUAGCAGCAAUGCCAAAAACCAGGUCCGUUCUCUGCAUGGCAUUCCAGCUCUGGUUCAGCUUUUUUCCAGUGACAGCCUAGAAGUGCAGCGCUUUGCCACUGGCGCCACGCGGAACCUCAUCUACGAAAACGCUGACAACAAGGCAGCGCUGGUAGAUGCCGGUGGAGUGCUGCAUCUUGUUAACAUCCUGGGCGAACCUGAUGAGGAGCUUCGAAAGACCAUCACAGGUGUCCUGUGGAAUCUGUCCUCCAGAGACAACCUGAAGGAAAAGCUGUCCAAAGAAGCUUUGUCAGAGCUGACAGAGAAAGUACUGAUUCCUCUGUGCGCCAGCAUCCCACUAAGCCCAUCGGAGAGAGACAUCUUCUACAACACCACGGGCUGCCUCAGGAACUUGAGCUCGACGAAUGAGAGGACGAGACAGAAGAUGAGAGAUAUGCAAGGCCUGGUGGACUCUCUGGUGUCCUACAUUCAACAAGAAGACAGUGCAGACGACAAGGGUUUGGAGAAUUCAUUGUGUGUGAUGAGGAAUCUGUCCUACCAGCUUUACACUGAGCUUCCUCACUCAGUCCGACUCCGUCUGGAGGGCCCAACGAGGGCCUCGGCCCACAGGGAGAGUGACGCCAUCGGCUGCUUUACUCUGUACAACAAAAAGAACAAUGACCAGCAUAACCAGAAUAUGUCCAUACUGUCUGAGGUGUCCCGACAGCCUAAGGGGGCUGAGUGGCUGUGGCACCCUAAGGUGGUGGGGCUAUACAGGCUUGUACUGCAGAACAGUGACAGCAAUUCCACCAGCCGCGAGGCCACCAUAGGAGCCCUGCAAAAUAUCACUGCUGGGGAGGCCAGGUGGUCAUCAGUGCUGACUGGUGUGGUAGUGGAGCAGGAGAGGAUGCUGCCCACUCUGCUGGACCUGUUAGACACCGAGAAUGACAUGGAGCUGAGGCCGCUGACCGGCCUGCUGAGAAACCUGGCCAGACACUGCCCCAACAAAGACCACAUGGCUAAGAACAUGGUGAGAGUUCUGGUGUCCAAGCUGCCCAGUGACGGCCUUCAGAAAACGCCAUCCAGCGAGGUGGUGGUCAACAUCUGCGGAGCUCUCAAUAACCUGGUCACCUGCAGUUCCUUGGCAGCCCGCGACAUCUCGUACUUCGACGGCCUGCCGAAACUGGUGGGCAUCAAGACAUCCCAUGACAACAGCUGUGGGAGUCUAAAAGCUGCCAGAGCGGCCUCAACUGUCCUCUGCAACAUGUUCCAGUACAACAAACUGCACAAAGACUACAAACUGAAAGGAUUUGCCAGACGAGACUUCACAGACACAACCAUCUAGGCAUGAUUCAGUCUGAGCUUUUGACUUCUUGGGGAAAAGAAGAGGAACAACAGGAGGAAUGAAAGAGCAGAUUAUCUAACUGAUGGACCCACAGGAAGGAAAAAAAAAGGACUGGAGCCAAUGGAACGAUGGACGUAAAGUUUGUCCUCUUUCGGGCAGUUGUGUGUUUAACUUGGCUUAGCUUGCAGCAGAUGACGGGAACCUAAUCGUGUCCACACACAGUGGACUUCACCCCCAAAAUUACCACAUGCUCUGUGUGUAUUAGGGUUUGUGACUGAUUGACACUGAUUCCAGUUAGUUUGGACUGAUGUUGCUGACAGCUGAUAUAUGAUGCCCACAUUAGAUAGAUGGCUAGAUCGGCCAGUAUCGGGCCAGUGACAGAUAUACAAAGUGAAAACAGUCACUCUGAGCUGUAGACUGCCCCACCUGCUUGCAACCCGAUGGUGUGAUCAUCACGUACACAUCCUGACAGCAUUCAGUCAGUGUGUGGAGAAAAAAUGGACAGGUGAAAGAGAGAAGAUAGAGCUGAGAGGGAGCGCAUUAAGAGGGGAAGAGCCAUGCAAGAAAGUGCAGUUAAAUGACUACAUUGCAUACUAGCAGCGCCAUAAUAUCACAACCACCCUUCCCGAGUUGAUAGAUUGAUUUAAAAAACAAAUAAAUGGCACCAACACUUAAUAGUGCUCUGUAGAAAAGCAGGUGAUCUUUGCAUGACAAUAGCAUAGAAAAUAAAGAGCUGUAUUCUCUUCUGUCAGGUGGAAGUAGCUCUACUUACUAACAGCUACCAGAGCCUCACGAUGAUCAACAGUCCAGUCAGAGCCCUGAGGAACUGCCCGGUGCCUCACAGACACCCUAAAAAUGAUAUAUAUGAAUACUUGUGCCUGUAGCCUUCAUUAUAGAAGUGACUAACUCUUGAAACUGAAGGCACUUGUUGCUGUUUUGUUUUUGGAAGCUGUUUCUGUGUGUAGUAAUAAAACUAAAAGAUAUGUUAUUGGCACAGACAGUUACAGUGUGCGUGUUCUGUUGUGAUUCUGUGAAUGGGUGUUCUGGGCUGGAGUUAGGUUACUAUCCCAGUCCAGUCCUGACGUUGGUGUUGAUCCGAUCCAAACUUUAUCCUGCAAAACUAAUGAGUGAUUGAGUGAAUGGUACAACAGUCACUGUAGUGUAGCACUAAACUAAGGUGAUGAACAUGGUCAACUUUAUCUGCUAAAUAUCAGCAUGUUAGCAUUGUCAUUGUAAGCAUUCUGAUGUCAGCAUUUACCUCAAAGCACCUCUGUGCAGUACAGCCUCACACAGUAGCUCUCGUGGCUGUCCGCAGUCUUGUUAACUAGGGAUGUAACUCACUAUUUAAUACAGUUCACAAUACUGAUUCAUUUAUUUCUCGUACAAAAAUCUACAAAAUAUAUUCUCUUAAUCAGAUCAUAGAAUUAUUUUUUAUACCUGCGGUAGGGUAUAAACUGUGCCAAACAAUGCAUAUUUCCUUCUUUUGUUAAAGUGACACUGCCUUGAUACAGCUACUACACGAGUGACGUAGGACAUCAAACAAGUGUGAUCAAAUGUUUAUUGCCAUGAAUACAAAGCUUUACAACCAAAAGCUUGUUUUGAGAUUGACAACACUGAAGAAACAACACUAUUCAAAUAUACAAAAUGCAGAAUAAUAAAAAGAAACAAAUAUCACCUCGGAACAACAAAAACAAAAGCACCAUCCCUCCCAACUGGACGAAUCUUUUAUUUGCAUUGCGAUUUUACUGUUUACUUUACACUACUAGUGAACAUACUAAUUCAAUUUAGUGUUUUUAUUUCAGACGUUAACCAUCAAGGAAAGGAAAUGUGUAGAAUAGAAUCAUGAAGCAGUUAGUAACAGCUCCAGACUGACUCCAGAUGUAUGUAUUAAGACAUAUACACAUGUAGUCCGCUUGGAACAAUAACCUGUGUCUGAUUUGUUUUUUCCACAAUAAACUUCCAGAAUCUCUGAAUAUGUAAAA